AUGCCAUCGGAAGUUGGCUACCAUCAAAUCAGACGCGCGAAAUCAGCCCCAUCAGUGAAAAAGCGUCGUCAAACUGCCUCAGCACCAAGCCUGCUGGAUUCCGAGAUUGCCCGGCAUCAUGCAACCACUGCGGCAUCAUUAGCCAUGGCACAAGCAAGAGAUAGAUUGGCCAAUGCAUCAUUGCAAAAGACAGCAAGGUCUUCAAAUGAAGAAACCGGAACAAUGCCUUCCAUUCGCGCUAUUCGCCGCCAACCAUCUGUUAUUAGCCUUGCCAGGGAGCGCAGUUCGACCGGUCAUAGUCAUAACACGGUAUCUGAUAAACAGCAAGUUUAUGAUAGAAUGAUAGACACCUCGCCGGCUAACAUGUCUUCGGUACGCGAGUUCAAGGGCUUUGGAUAUGAUGAAGAGCUCUCUGCUCCGUCAUCGUAUCGUCGGCUUCGAAAGUCUCGAUCUAUGUUCAGUACAAAGUCUAUGAGAAGCCUUCGUAAUAGUGGUAUUUCAUCCAACAUUUCAGAAGAGACAGGACCUCCUUCUCUGAGGAAGAGUACGGACUCUACGAUCGGACCACAUAGGUCGCUUCGGCAUUCCUUAUCAUUCUUCAAUGGCGCUUCGCAGUCAAUUCGGAGGAUGAAAAGCCACGGUGCCAUUUCCAGUCGUCGACAGCAUCUCCCAAAACUUGCGGAUGAGCCUCUUGUACCUCAAAUGCCCCCUUUACCUGUUGCAAAUGAAGGAGAGCCUGUGCGGAAAGCAUUUAGAACUACAGUCAGAGCGUUAAGAGAAUUUAGUCCAGAUGCCGAAACACUUGCAGCUAGCAAUGGCGGCAGGCUUCAUUCUAAAGCUCGGUCAUUCUCCAUUACUAUCAAGAAGCAAUUGAAACGAGUUUUUGGCAUCCCGGGGUAUGCCGAGAGUCAGUCUUCCGAAGGUCAUUCUGUUGAUUCACCGUCACACGAUGACAAUCUCAUAUUCGAAAGCCCGACGAUUAUCGAUAGAACCACACAGCCAAGUCUUCAUCCAACUAAAAGCUCGGAGAGUAUCGCUACAUCGGCAUCCCGUGUUACAAGUUGGACCAAUUCUACAGCAGGCAAUACAGUGAGAACAAGGCAUACACUUGACCGUCACUCUCUCUCCACGAUUGAGGAAGGGAGUGACUUUGCCAAUCAACAGCCGCCAGGGUUUUCUGAAAUUUAUGGGAAUGAUAACGCAAGAAACCGUCGUGGGAAAAUGAUUGAUUCUCAGCGAGUUUACUCGGCUCUUAUGAGACAUAUUGAUGAAACUGCAACUAGAGGCAGCGAGAGAGUUGUAUCAAGCGGUACAAUCAAAGGAUCUCCUGUGGUUAUGGGAUGCUCUCCAUCCGUUCAUACUCAACGCGAUCAUGGUAGUAUUCAUAAAAUACCGAGCGAUAUGUCAAUGAGAACGGCUCAAACUUCGUUUAUGAUAGCACCCCAAGUCUACGGCUCCCAGAGUUCCUUAUCUUUGCGUUCUCUGACAGAAAGGCCUAUUACUCCACUGAAGACAAAACAGGCGCAAAGACCAUCAUCAGUGGCGUCUUCAAAGGUGACACUAAGAGAAACAAGAUCGUUGUUCUUCCCCUCGGGAGCAUCUCCAAAGUUGAAAACACCAAGCCCAUACAGAGCGGCGAUGAAUUCAAGACGGGAAACAGAAGAUGAAUCUUCUAGGUAUACACCGAGUAUUAUCAUUACCGGUAUUGACAACGACAAAUCGGACACCCCUUCGCCAAGUAUUUACUCCCGUACCCCAAGUGGUCAUGCUGCAAGCCGUGAGUACUUUGAUUACGAGCCAGAGGAACCUAUCGAACCCGGUGUGGCUACCAUCUAUGAUGCCCAGGUGCCGUACAAAUCUCCUAAGAGACACGAGUCGCAAGCCACGGAAACUGGUCCUAGAAACAGUUCAGAGUGGAGGCAUUGGAUGAAUUAUCAAAUGGACAGUAUUAGCAACUUCAAUACGUCCAACCUGGGAAGCGAACGAGAGCAUCAUCGAGAAGAUUCCGAGUGUGACGGGGAACCUAUUCAACGAUCCCCUAUUGAAAAUGCUGCUAUUUCAAGCCAUCCCAACGGUAGUAGAGAUGAAUCUCUUGGUCGACUUCGGCAAAUCUAUACAUCUCGGCAGGUUUCCCAGAUAGAAGACACUGUUCAGGGACAGAACAAUUUCUCCAGGCCUCUCAGCCGACAGUCAAUGGGGGCUUUUCAAACCUUGGCACGCCAUUCGUCUAUCAACGGCAAGCAACGAUAUCUAAACCAGGGCACUGAUUCGAAUCUUCCUAACAUUCCAAGAGGCCAUCAAACUGAUCUUUUAUUCAAUGAGAGUCCAGAGGGACCGGUUUCCCCAUCUCGCCGGCAGACCAUCAGAGCAGCACGUGAGGCGAGACUCAGUCGUGGUAAUAUCAGGCAAAACACACUCAGGCAGGGUGAUGAUCAACAAGACGCGAAAGCUGUUCAAUUCCGCUCAAUUCGCGAGGCUCCUAGCGUCGCAAAGCGUAAUAAAGAGAAUGAAAUGCCCCAGAGCACUAAAGAAAAGAUGAAAACAACUGGAACUUCCGGUAUCGAAGAUAUACACAUGACAAUCGGUAGCAAGCGUAUGGUGGAUAUGUUUUUGGAUAGCCGGCGUGGCCGACAAAGCUCUCUUGCUAGCGAGGGUAUUGGCUCUGUAUUCAUCUGA